GCAUGCCUCGGAAGUUCAGUCACGCCCCUUGAAACGCACUCUACCCGGUUUGUUGUUGUCUCCAGUGGUUUCAGUUACCGCGGUCAGAUGUGCCGUGGUUAUGGAGUUACCAGAGCACAUAAGACAGCGACUAGGAGGACUCACAAGAACGGUCUUUGCCGAUCAUAAUCUCACACAGCCGUCUCCACAAGAUGACCGUGCUUUUUUGAGAAAAGAUGAUGCGGUUGUCUCCAGUCUUCCCCUCCAGAUGUCCCUUUACUUUAACCUGUGGUUCUUUCCCGCGUGGUGGGUAUGUGAAGUCGUCAUGCUCCAGCUUAAGUACCCCGCUCUUCCCGACUACUACAAGUUCAUUCUGGUGACUGUUCUCAUAAUGAUGACACUUAUCGAGGGAAUAAGACUCUACCUAGGCUAUAUUGGAAACUUACAAGAGAAGGUACCUGAACUGGCUGGCUUUUGGCUACUGAGUCUACUUUUACAGUUUCCACUCAUUCUGUUUCAACUUUUCAAUGAGUCCAUGCUGGUUCAACCACUGGAGAGAGGGGUUCACAUUGUGCUGUCCCUGUUCAUACUCACAGAGGCCUUAGCAGGAUUUGUGGCCCUUCGAGAGAUGGUGCGUCAAACAGAGAGUCACUUUCACCUCCAGCAGUUUGCAGGAGUCCAGGAGCCAACAGAAGACUAACAAAUCCAUGGCCAUUUUUCUUACAAACACAUAGUUCUUAUUGCAUUUUGAGUGCCUUAUUCAUUUGUACAUACAUGCAUUUUUGAACAUUUUUAAAUUAAAUAUUUUUUUUAAGGUU